AUGGAAUUAGAGUUUCAUAGACACCAAUAAUAAUCCACUUUUCAAAGUUCUAAAGAAAGAUUAAAAUAAAUUAAUCAAGUACCUAAUUAAGGGUACUAAAACACACCUUAUAAACAAAGUGGCUUAUUUGCUUUUAAGGAACAGAAAAUUAAAUUUAGAUUUCCUUUAGUGGAUGAACAAAAUUUACAUAAUAAAUAAGACAUAAUUGAGUAAUGUUCUUAAAUCAAAGUAACUGGAAAGCAUAAUUUAAAGACUUAGGCUUUUGCAACCAAGUCUAUCGAGAUUGAGGAAGAAAAUAAAGAGAAUACAAAUAUCAUUCUAAAUGAGCCACCUUUAUGUGAAGUAAGUAAAAUUGCAAUACCUACUUAAACUGGUUUUUUCAAGUAACUUAAUCAACAAAUCUAGUCAAAACUGUAUGAACAACAAUUUUGA